AAAGUCUAGUUACGUCAAAAUUCCGCGACGCCCUGUCAGAUCCAAACAUGGCUUCGUCUAGGCUAGAAAUCAAUUUUAUCAGGUUAUUGUCUCGCUGCGAAUCUAUAGCUGCCGAAAAACGAGGUGAGACAGAAUGGCGAUUAGAAAAGUAUGUUGGUGCCCUCGAGGAUAUGUUGGUGGCUUUGAGGAAAACCCCAAGCAAACCUACACCAGAAGUGUUGACAGAUUACACAAGGAAGGUAGACUUCCUAAAGGGAAUCCUGGAUGCUGAGAAAUUGUCUUCAACAACAGAGAAAGCAUUAGCCAAUCAACUUCUUGCUCCGGGACGAACUCCCACGAUAGCCAAUGAGAGAACGCCUGCAUCAAAGACGGUUCACAUGCAGACGAAGGCCCGGUGUACAGAAGAGAUGAGGAAUGAGCUGUUGGGCACGGACGCGUCGGGGACGGGUAACGCGAAUCAGGAUUUGCGAAACAGAAGGGGCGUGCCUCUGGACGAGCGGCAGACGGCGACGGAGCUGGACGCGGUGCUGCAGCACCACCACCUGCUGCAGGAGAAGCUGGCCGAGGACAUGCUGCACCUGGCCCGGAACCUGAAGAAUAACACCAUGGCCGCCCAGAACAUCAUCAAGCAGGACAACCAGACGCUCAGCCACUCGAUGCGGCAGGCCGACGUGAACUUUGAUAAGCUGAAGACGGAAUCGGAGCGGCUGGAGCAGCACACCAAGAAGGCCGUCAACUGGUUCCUGUGGAUCAUGCUCUUCCUCGUCUCCUUCACCUUCAUCAGCAUGAUCCUCUUCAUCCGAAUCUUCCCCCGGCUGAGAUGAGGGUAGCGAGGUCGACGUGGCGGAUGGCCAGUUUACCAUCGUAACUCCUCAGGGGGAUGGGGUCUGCUUGUUUUUGAGCAGGACAAUGACGCAGAACGAACGGCACGUUGCUGAGGGGCGGGGCUACGUCUCCAUAGGCUGCGUUCCGAAAAUUUGUACAUUCAAAAUCGUUGGUCAGCAAUUGGUACUUCCAAACCUCUGUAUAACUUGUGACAAAACAGUACCUAUAUACACACAUGCAGUCUUAUCAGCCUGGCCUGCUCUAGAUUAUGUUUUUCAGCAGCAGCACCGAUGCUUCGGAAGGCAUUUGAGUGCUCUAGAAUUGUGUUAAAUCACAGCACACUAUGCCAAUAUGCCUUAGUUGUUAAUUAAGAGAAUAUAUCCAGGUCAUUCAGUCAGCACAGGCAAGCUCCUUCACACAGCGACCACUGUUGGGCUGAAGAAGAACGCUGUGCCGACACAUUGGCUGACCGCUUGAUGUUAUGAAUACAUGCCCCAUUAGGAGUCUUACCUCGGAAGUGCAGCGUCUCAGUCGGUACUGCAGUCCGGACAUAAGAGGUUCAACCUUCAACCAAUGGUCACAUCGUCUUCUGAGACUGUUGAAGGUCUAUAGUGUGAGUAGUAAGGCAGAGAUAUUGAUGUCUUUGGGUCAGAUUUAUGACCGUAAGAGGACUCGGGUCUUAAAUAUUAUGGAGCUCUACAUGAAUUAGCUAAUGAUAGUCUUUGUUUUGCUAAAAGCUGUAUUGGUGAUGUUUUUAGUCUUAGUAAUGAAGGUAACCGAUUGUGAUGCUUACUAUAGAUUAUUGGCUUAUCCUGGGGGUUACUCCCUGCCAAUCUGAUGAAGUAUAUUAUAUAUUUAUCACUUACACAAAUUAGGAGUUUCCUGUAAAUGAAAAGCCUUCUAGCGCCCUCUGUCGUUCAACUAUCGGUCGCUGCUCUAUCUAUAUGUCGCCACAGGGUGUCAGGCAAGACUUUUGAAAAGCAACACAUAACCCCAACGAACCCUUCCACCUAUUUAAAAACGAUUCGAGGGAAGACGUUUGACUAAAUAAAGGCUGAGAGCUGUUGAACCUCGUUAAGCAUUUGGCGUGACCAUUAUUUUCAUCAGUUUGAUGAAAAACAUAUACUUCUGUUUAUGCUUUGACAAGGCUGAACUUUUAGCGUUCACCUCGGAAGCCAGUAAAGCAAAACAUACAAGUUAUGCUUGGCCUUUCGGAUGGGGGUGUAAUGCGCUCAACUCCAGCCCUUCGGUAUGUUCCGCCCAUGUUGUGAGUUUGAAUCCGAGGCCAUUCCGAGGUGUUGGUUGCCGAGCGGCCUGCCCGGGCUUGCCGCUCCGCGGUGCUGGCCCUUCCCUUCUCCCCUCCUCCUGCAAGCGCCCUACCUCACGACUCUAUAUAUGAGGCCCAGCUCGCCUGCUGUGUAUUUCGGGAUCCAUGGGGGGUAUUUCUAUCUGGCGGAAGCCAAGGUAUGUAGGCCUCCAGGAGACCAAAUCAGGUUGUGUGACAGAGGUGGAGGCAUCGUUCAUAUUGUCGCAGCUGCUUUAGGCACGCCACGCCACUAAAGCAGACUCAAGUCGGUUGGGCUUUUGUUUUAAAUUUCCCUAAAAACAUUCGUUUCAAAAUAGUCAUUUCGUUUUUGGUGUUGAAGUUCCUACGAAAACUGAAGUAUUUUCGAUGUUUUUGGUGCUAACAAUUUGUGGAUGCUUGCUGUUCUGUGUCAGCCCAGGGACAUUGCCUAAGUGUAGUCCAGGUGUGUUUCUUAUGAAUGGGGAGUGCAAGGCUAAUUUAUGGUGUUUCUCCCUGACCUUUGACCUGAUCAACUUGAAUGAGCCCCUGAGGUCAGUUCUCUAUUCCUAUGGAAGCUGGCUCCAAACACAGUCGUUCAUUAUUCACAAAAGCAAUGUGGAGGAGCAUAUCUUAUUUUAAUAAACAACUAAGAUAAUCAUACAUCCAGUU